UCAUUCAAUGUCCGUGUUAGUUUUUAUGAAUUCUCGGUAGAAAAGCAGUUUCGAAAAAAAUUUUUCAGAAUAAACUUAUUUGGUUUUAGUUUUUAGAUAUUUGAGUAACCCUAAAUCUACACAGAGAGGACUUUUUACUUAAACUGAUCGAAGGUACAACUUUGGCACGACUGUUAAGAAGUGGUUCACGUUGGUUCAAAUGAUGACUUAUACAUAGACUCUAACGGAAGAUCUACAUUAAGAAUUUGUACAUAAGCGAAGAAUACAACGGUAAUACGGCCCAGUAGACGACGAAUCAAGCGAGUCAAGCUAAUUAGCAACAGUUUAUCAGCCGCAACAACAUCAGCAUCAAGAGGAUAUUUGUACGCAUAGCCGAAGCUACGGAUCGCGCCCUGCAUUGAAUCACAGCAGCAGCAACAACAACAACAGCAAUCACUGUAACAACUGCAACAGCAGCAAUACAAAGUCCUGCAGCGGGAUACAAAUGGCGUCGAGUCAUUUAGAGCGCAGCAGCGGCCCGAGCAUGGGCGGUUCAGCUACUGGCGAACAGGCCCACACUCGUCAACACAGCAGCACAAUUGGACAGUCGCAGGGUCAGGCAGAGGCACCGAAACAGGGACAUGGUCAGGAAUACGGUCAGGGACAGGCACAGGGACAGGAACUAGGACAGGAGAAGGAACAGGGAUCGGCACAGGGUAAGGGACCGACACAAGGUCAGGGACCGGCACAGGGUAAGGCACCGGCACAGGGUAAGGCACCGGCACUGGGACUGGGCUACGGACGCGGCGACUCUCAAGCUGGCAGGACUAUCAAUGUCCCUAUCAUUAAUGGGCGCCUCAGCAACUCGUUUGGCAUUGGCGCCGGCAAUUUGCCGAUCAUCUACAGACACUGCUCCGAGUAUCAGACGGGGGUGCAUGCAAACCUGAAUCGCACUCCGCACAUUUACAACGUGCGCUCGUGGACUGGCUGGGAUGUGCCGCAGCAUCACCACCACCAUCAUCAGCACCUGCAGUUCGUUCAUCAGCACCACCAGCAUCAGCUGGCACAGCAGCAACAGUUGUUGCACCAGCACCAGCAGCUGGCACGCCAGCACCAGCUCUUCGAGCCGCUGCAUUCGUCGCGGUCGCAUCAGCUGAAUGUGAGCGCACCCAGCUUCACGCCAUCCAGUGCUAGAGCUGCUGAUGGCGCGGCAGGAGGAGUGGCAUCGGUCACAGCAAUACCGGCACCGGCUACUGCUGCGACAGCGUUCGCCAUGGCGGGUGCUGGCUUUGGCAUGGGCAUGGGCCUGGGCAUGGGCAUGGGUAUGGGUAUGGGCAUGCAUAUGGGUAUAGCUACGGGCCGAUGUCCGCCCAUACAGCUGGUGCCUAGCCAAUCCCAGCCGCAGCUACACGCCCAAGCGUUCUCGCACUCGGGCAGCCAGUCGGAGCGCACCAAUGGCAGGCGCCAACAGUUGCCGGAUCUAUUCCAAACGGUUAUCAAGCUGAUGCGUGAGCUGAACCGUUCGGUUAGCUAUCCGGAAAUGAUUGGCAUGCUGUCGAUGCGGCUGCAGCGCUUGCCAGUCGAGCUCAAGCGCCACAUACCCCACACACUGCACGGCGCCGUUGCCAAUGGCUAUUUGCGCAAGGAUGGCAAUUAUUAUACGCUGCUGUCGGAGCAGGAGCAGAAGGAGAUCAUGAAGCGCAACCAGGAGGCUGCCAAGCGGGCCAAGGAGCUGGAGAAGGAGCCGUUGUCGUGGCGCAUACGUUAGGAUCCAGCAUUUGUUUAGGCACAACAAUCACUCGAAGCAAUCUUGGCCGUUGCCAGGGAUUCGGAGUGUAGUUCAUAUGUGUUCAUAUAUGAUGUUUUUGUUUCCGCGUUACUUGAGCACCCACAACACCAUUCCAACCCCAAACCGCUCCUCCACCCCCUCACCACUCCCUACACUCCCCACCCCCACACUCACCCCUAUACAACCCCUCACACACACGCCAUGAAUCUAAGGAAAUGCCAAAUUGUCACAAGAAUACAUAUAUGUAUCUAUAUAUAUACACAGAGCGCUGGGCUGUUGCCGAGAGACAUUUGGGUAUUCUAUGAAAUUUAAGUUAUUCGUUUUAAUCGAUUUCAAUGGGCAAACCCUUCGUGUAAAAUAAUAAAAAAAUUUAAGUUCGA